AUGUUCCACGUCACCGAGAUAUCCCUCCAGACCAACACGGUGCACAUCCUUCAUGGCAAUGCCAUCAACCAUAUCAACCCUAGCGACUCAAAAAGUAUUUUAAUGUUUGGCAACUACUCGGAGGCGCCCUACUCGUUAUCGACCAGCAACUUGUUGAUCCUAUCUGGUUGCAACCUUCAGGCGACGCUGCUGAUCGGAAAUGGUACCGAGGAUUUCAUCAGCGGUUGUGCUUCCUUCUGCCCCUCCAAUGUAAAUGACACCUACCUCGAGAUGACACUACAGGGUACAGGCAGAAACUGCUAUGGCAUGGGCUGCUGCCAGGCACAUAUUUCCAUGUCCUCCAACGGCUUCCCCACGUCGUUGGCGUAUCAAAAGCUCAACAAGAACAGUGACCAGGAAUUGACAACCCAGCCUGCGUACAUGCUAAUCGCAGAGGAGGGGUGGUUUGAUCAGGGACGUUUAUCCAAGGAGAUGGUGGGGCGGGAGGAAUCCGAAACUUCCAAGGUGCAGGUUCCUCAAGUUCUGCAGUGGGAGGUAAUACAGGACUUACCACGACCAGUUGACAUGAAGGCGCAUCCGGGCUGUCCAUCGGAGGUAGCCCUCAAGCUCUGCAAGAGCAAGAAUAGCUACUGCAAACGAGGGAGCAGAGGUUAUUUAUGCCAUUGCAUGGAUGGCUAUGACAAGCGCGGCAGCAACCCCUACCUCGCCAAUGGAUGCAAAGGUGGCCGCAAGCCAUUGUCUACAGGUAUAUACCUCAGCAUAGGAGUUGCUUUUGGGGCAGGCAUCAUACUAUCUGUUCUCGCUGGAUCCUUUGCACAUAAGAAAUUCAAACAUCGAAGAUCACUAAUGUUGAAAAAGAACUUUGAAAAAAACCGAGGGCAAUUGUUGCAACAAUUGGUAUCACAAAGAGCUGAUAUUGCAGAAAGAAUGAUUAUAACCUUAGAUGAGCUUGAGAAGGCAACAAAUAAAUUUGAUAAAGCUCGUGAGCUUGGUGGAGGAGGGCAUGGUACAGUCUACAAAGGCAUGCUAUCAGAUCUUCAUGUUGUAGCCAUCAAGAAACCAAAGGUGGCGAUUCAAAAGGAGAUUGAUGAAUUCAUUAAUGAGGUUGCUAUCCUAUCACAGAUCAAUCAUAGAAAUGUGGUAAAACUAUAUGGUUGUUGCCUUGAAACAGAGGUCCCCAUGUUGGUCUACGAGUUUAUAUCUAAUGGUACACUUUAUGAUCAUCUUCAUGUUGAUGGACCACGAUCGUUGUCAUGGAAUGAUAGGCUACGGAUAGCAACUGAGACUGCCAGAUCUUUAGCCUAUCUUCACUCAACAGCUUCAGUACCCAUAAUCCAUAGAGAUAUCAAGUCUGUUAACAUACUUUUGGAUGAUAGUCUAACAGCAAAGGUUGCAGACUUUGGAGCUUCAAGAUAUGUUCCGGUGGAUAGAUCAGGGAUCACAACAAGAGUGCAAGGUACAAGAGGAUAUCUGGACCCCAUGUGUUUCUAUACUGGGCGUCUCACAGAAAAAAGUGAUGUGUACAGCUUUGGUGUCCUGCUUCUGGAGUUGUUGACUAGAAAGAAACCGUUUUCAUACAUCUCUUCUGAAGAUGAAGGCCUUGUCACACAUUUUUAUACCUUAUUCACACAAAGAAAAUUGUCAGAGAUACUAGAUCCACAAGUUCUGGAAGAGGGCGGCAGAGAGAUGGAAGAAGUCGCAGCAAUUGCAGCAAUGUGUAUUAGAUUAAGAGGGCGCCCGUCCAUGAAGCAAGUGGAGAUCAAACUUGAAGGCACUCAAGCAUCCAGGGGACAUGAGGGGGGUGAUGUAAUAAGCUGUCAACGGGCUGCAGAUGGAAGUAGGUGCGAGGAAUUGUCCAGGCAGCAUAGUAUGGAAGAAGAGUUCAUGUUAUCUUCAAGGUAUCCUCGGUAG